UGGACGGUUUGUUUACCUGGCUGCUGGGGACGCCGAUAUUGUUUGUUUUCUUUCUGAACUGUCCAUGCUGUAAUUAAAAUUCGCAUCCUAAAGACGUAAGGGUUUGUAGAAUCAAUGCAGAUUAUAUUCUAAAUGACUUUGUUCAUUAAAGGAUCAACUGUAUAACGUUGUCAGCUUAUAGCCAAGUGUGAAAAUGUCUAGCUUCAACACAUCCACUAAAAAAGAAACAUUUUCUAUGAAAAUAAAAGCGCAGAAUAUAAAAAAUGCCCAAGAAGAAACCCAAAAAUUAGAACUAGAGAGUAGGAAGAUGGAAGAAAGAUUAAGGGAAUUAAAAGUAGCAAUGGGUAGAGAGAAAGAACAGAGAGAGAAAAAAGGAGGAUUUUGGAAGAAAGGUCAAACAGGAUCUUUAAAUAGUUACGCAACAGAUGUACUUGAAAAACAAAAACCAAAGGAAAUUAAAAAAAGAAGUGUUAAAUUAUUAAGAAAUGAAAAGAUAGUAUUACCAGAACGUAGUGGAGAACCAGGAACAAUGAAAUAUAUAGCAAAUAGUCAAGUAUUAAACACAUAUAGAGAUAAAGCUAAAAUACUUAAAUGUGGCCAAUGUGAAGAAAGAGCAGCUUCUAUGUCAUGUGUACAAUGUGCAGAAUAUUUCUGUGCUGGUUGUUUUGCUGCCUUUCAUUUUAAAGGUGCCUUAAAAAGACAUCGAACAGUUCCAUUACAUGCAUCUGGCCCAAGACAGUGUAUGUCACCCCGUUUUGAUCCGCAGCCAAGGUCACCUAGACAUGGUUCAGAAGCUAGUGCUGUUAGUUCUAUAAUACAUCAGGAUACCGCAAGAAAUUCAUCAAUGGGUGCCAGUGGUUCAAUAGGAAAAUCAUCUUUAUUAACAGGAGAAUUUGAUGAAGACGAAAGUGCUGCCUCAUUUCAAAGUGCACUACAGGCAUGGAGAAGUGGGGAUUCCCUUGUUACUUCCCCUGAUAGAAAGAGAGUUCUCCCAACAACUAGUCCAAAACGUCCAGUAUCCCGAGUCAAAACACCAAUUGUCAAAACUGAAUGUUCUACCAGUACUCAGGAAGUCAAUCAACCAAUAGAAAUCAAGUUUACAAACAAUAACCUGAGUUAUGCUGAAAGACUUAUGCUAAAGAAACACCGAAGAACAGAUGUGGGCCAUAUUACUACGCCGAGAAGUAAUUCAUCAGCUAAUGAAGAUGAAGAGAUGGAUAUUAGAGAAGGUGGCAUUGAUGAACAUGUAGAUUUCCACUCAUUAUACGAAGCCAUGGUUCCUUCCAAUACUACUACACCGAAUAGUCAACGUAUAACAGAAUCUAGUUUAUCUAUUAUAGAACUUGAUACUUUGCCAAAGAAGAAAUACAAGAAUUAUGAUCAGACAGCAAGUUAUCAAGUAGAAGAAGUAGAUGAUAUGACAGCAUGGAAAAUACAACAUGAUCAAAGUUCCAAAUCCAUUACUUCAGAAAUGGUUAAUUCUACUGCAAGGCCAGCAUCAGCAUCAAAUAAUACGAAAAGAUGCCCCUCCAAUGAUGUCAAAGACAGCCACGCAAAAUCACAGAAAAAAUCCUGUUUGGAUGCUGAGUGUUUAUCAGACCCUAUCACUGACUCCUUUAUACAGGAAGCCAGGGCAGCUAAAACCAAAUCCAAUGUCAGUCGUCAAGUUUCAGCAAAAUCUCGUCCAGCCUCAACCCGUCCCAAAAGCUCACGAUCCAGACCAGUUUCUAGAGCCAAGAGUCGAGCUAUGUCUAGAUUACAGUUUGAUGGUUUGUUGACUAAAUCUCCUACAUCAGCUUUACAAGAUGUAGCUAAGAUGGCUGUAGAAAAACCAGACAUAUCAGACUAUCAGUAUAGAUCUGUAUUAAAUGAUUAUUUUACUGAUGCUAGUGAUGAUGGUGGUGUUAGUCAACCUAAUAAAGCAGCUACACCACGUCCUGGUAGUUUAAGAAAGCAAGAUAUUAAAGUCAGUUACGCAUUGUAUCAAAUGGCACCACGAUCCUGGCGACCAGAGAGUAGUCUUGGUGAAACAUUAUCAGCAGAUACAGUAGUUCCAGAAUUAUCAGAUACUGUGUUGGCAUGUUUAGGAGAUGCUGCAACCCCUACAGAAGAGAAAUCUAUAAAUAGAAAGUCUGAAUCAGUGCUAUCAUUUACAUAUAGUGAUCAUCUAAAACAUGAAGAUAGAGAAGAUUAUCAUGAAGGCUAUAAUCACAGAAGUCAUAAGCACCGACCACAGAUAUCAGCUAGACGACAAAAAUCUGCUUUAAAUGAUGAACCGUUACAGCGUGAAAAUUCUGAAUAUACAACAUUACCUAUUACUGUAGAUGAGAUAACAUGUAAUACUAAUUUACAAUCUGGACGCAAAUCUAAAAACAUAGUAUUAGAAGGAGAAGAUUACAGUAUGUAUGAUCAGAUUGACUAUAGAGAACAAACACAAGAUGAUCAGGAGACAUUAGAUAAAUUAGAAUGGGAACUAGCUUCAGAAUCAGGACGAAUAACAGCUGAUGGACAGAUAUCAAGGUUAAGUUGGAAGAAUGAUUCUAGUAGAAGUAGUAGUCGUAGUAGUUCUGUUAUACGUAACAGUAGAGAUCAAGGCUAUGAUAUCAACACCAGACUUAGAGAUGAUGAGUUAAUUGAUUCAGAUGAGGAUAAUAAAAUGACUGAUAGAGAAGAUGUGUUAGCUUUAAGAUAAGAUGAAUGUAUUAAAUUAUAAGUUUGUUAUUUAUACGCCAUCUUUUCUUUACACAUAAUGUUUUUAUUCACAUCAAUUUAUUUGUGCAAUUCCACAAACAUUAGGCUAUAAAAAAUAUAUUUCCCCCUUGUUACUAGAUUAAAUAUAUUUACAGUGGUAUGACAUCAUUCGGUACUUGCCUAAAAUUUUAUUCUCGGAAAUUUAAAGAGAUAACUCAUGGAUAUUUGAAAAUUCCACUUAAAAAUGUUAUAAAUAUUUUGUUCAAGGGCUUCCACCCAUAAAGCUUUGCAUAUAUUUUAAACCUAAUUAUUUUGGGAAACCUUUGCCUAACAAAGUACAUGCAAGAAAAGGUAAAGUUUGUAAGAAAAUCAGACCUGUGUGUGUAUGUUUAGGAGUGGGUGCCCUUGGGUAACUUUUACAUACUGAUUAAAUAGAAUUGUAUACUUUUAUACUCAUGAUUGAUGGAUUUAAGAGAAAUGUAAUUAACUAGGAGUUUUCCAUUUAUAUAGCAUUAACAUGUAGUAAUAAAAACUGGUCAAUAGCCACUAUAAAUAUAGUCUAUCUCAAAAGUCCCAAGCAUCCAAAUUAUGACCCAAAAACUCAUAAUAUCAUGUUGCCAGCUUGGAUUGCUUGAAAACGUUGAGAAAAUAUGCUUCGAAACGUUGCCCAAAUAAAUCAGUAAUUGUUCUUCCAUAAUAAGUAUGUGUUAUAGUUUACAGCUUGGAUUGGGUAAAUGUCAAGCAACAAGUUUGUGUAUACAGGGGAAGAAAUCUUAGUUGGCAUAUUUUAUUCUAUUGAAGUAAAGAAGAGUAACAAUAUAUGUGCAAAUUCUUUUUUACUACUGUUUGUCUACUUUUAGCUCCCUUUUUUGGAACAUCAGAUUUUAUCCAGAUAUUUUGAUUGUGUCGGACUUUUGAAAUAGAUAAAAUUAUUUAAGUUUUUAUUAUUCUCAUUUGUUUAAACCAAAGUUUAAUAUUACAAAUUAUUUCAUUUCCAAGGUUUCAUUUAAACCAAAGAUGCUUUAUAAUAUACAUUGUAUAAGCUUAUGCUUCCUCUCUAUUGAUGUCAACAGAUACAUUUUCUAUGGACCAUGGGUCAAAUACACGUAGAAUUUUUUUUUUUGUUUUAUGUGAUAGGUUAGUAUGAAUUAAAAGAUAAUAAUGUUGAAUGGCUGGUUCUAAAUCCAAUGCUUUGCCAGCCGGUCAUUAUAUUUGAGUAAUAUAUAGUUAUUUAAUCAGCAAUACAGUAUAAUGUUGUUUAUCUAGUUACUAACUACUUUAAUGUAAGAAUACAUCUUAUACAAUUAAUUUAUAUUUUCCUUAAAAAUCUGUGUAAAAGUCAGUAUGAAUCUUUCAUAUGUUUAUGUCUAGUUUAUUGGCAUGACAUUCAUGUAUGUUAGGGGUAGUCAAUUCAUUUAAAGAUAAUUCAAGAGCUAAAUCUGCCUAUUGCAGGUCUUUAUUUAGGCCUUAAAUAUUAUAUGAAUUAUUAAUUAGACAUUUAUAAACAUGACAAGGCCAUAAUCAACUCUUGAUUCCAUCGGAUGGCUCCGAUUUUAAGUAGAUUAGAACAGUUCGGCUAUUUAAUGAUUUAAUUUAAUAAUCGAUAAGUGAGGCUAAGUCUUGAAUAUACCAGUACUGUGAUUAUGAUAAUAAACAAUCAAUGCACGCAUCUUGUCAAAACUACUAGCAGUGAUAACUUAGCUCAGAAUAAAGUAAUUUGAACGAAAUUUUUUAAUAUAUUCAUUUUGCAAUAUCUAUUUUUGAACUAUUAUAGCAAGAAUGGUCAGCUCUUUAUCUAAAUCUUACAUAAUAUAACUUUAAGAAUAUUUAAAAAUCUUACAUAAUAUAACUUUAAGAAUACUUUAAGAAUUUUUAAAAAUCUUACAUAAUAUAACCUUUAAGAAUAUUUAAAAAUUGACUGGUGGAAAUUACUAAUUGCAUAUAUAUAUAUAUAUAUAUGAACUACCAUCUACAGUUGAGUAUGCUAAGAUAUAGUGUCAAGAGGUAUUUGUAAACCAGUAUUAUUGCUAUAUGUACAUGAACCUAUAGUUAGAGUUCUAGUACAGGACACUACAUUGUCUUACAAUUUAUCAAAUAAUGUAUCCUGUCUUACAAUUUAUCAAUUAUAAUGUAUUCCUGUCUUUACUGAAAAGUUGAAUGUUAAACCCAAUUCAUUUUAUCCUAGGAUUCCAACUGGGUAUAAUGAUCACUCCCACUAUAAGGACCAAAUUAUAUCAGCCUAGCAUCUGUUCUUAAUAGCGGAAUUUCAUUGUAUAUGACAGCAUUGUACAGUCUGAUAGUUGGGAUCUUCUUCUUUCGUUCACUUCAUCUAUUUUCUAACUAUGAAGAAGACUUGACUGGCAGACGAAAGUAUUCCAUGUGCUAGGAUAAAAACUUGGUACUGUACUACAUGUUAUUACAUACAUUUAUGUAUAUGAUUUGUCUAUAAGACUUAAUAUAAAACAACUGCACUAGUAUAGUACAUAAAUAUUCAGUAUUCAGCUAAACAGAACCAACUGGUAAAAUGGAAAUUAUUUCCUCCAUAUAUUUUGUUGUUUAUUAUCUGUGGUGAAUAGCCCUCUUAAAAGUAUACUGAAAUAGUAUUUUCAUUUUAAGGCAACACAAAUAAAAUAAGUUGUUUCUCGGGCACCGCCCGCACGCAAAAUUGGUUGCGCGUGCGGCCUAUUUAUUAGUCUUGAUGAAAAAUAAAAAAUAUGUAACGCCCGCCCGAACAUCGAUAAGCAAGUCAUAAAAAGAAUAUGCCGCAUGUACCUACAUGCGUCAUACUUGUAUAUCCAUUCAAAUGUAUUAAACUGAUCCAGAUGUAAAUGCUCAUUUACGGGUCUUUUUUAUUGAUAUCGAAAGAACCUCCAUUUUUGUAUCACGUGAUUUUAAUUACCUCCCCUGGUGAAUUAGAAUUUGAUUCGUGUUCAACACCGAAAGUUAUUGACAACAAUGCAAUGUAUUACAAUCAUUCGAUAUGAAUCGGCCGGCUUCAUUCGGUCCAUGUUUGAAAAAUCCUACUGAUAAAACAAUGAAUCGUAGAACAGGUUAAUUAUUACUUGUGGCUACGAAUACGACACGAUGAUAGUCACCAUACCUCAGUCAGAAUUUGGGUCAUUAGCAGAUUUAACGGUAGUUUUCCGUUUUGAUAAUCCGGAAAAUAAUAAUUGGAUUACACAUUUGAUGGUUUUACUGACCAGUUGUUAGUUAAAUUUAAAUAGUCAUUCGAUAUAAACCCCAGAUAGAACACCGAACAUCAUGAGAAACACACCGAAUAUCCUGAGAAACAGUCAUUUCCCGAAUCCCGAUGACACGUGACAUGCAUUGGUUGGAAUUAGGUCAAUCAUUAUAAACCAGCGAUACUACUAUACUAGAUUUAGUUCUAAACUUCUAAGUGUCGUUUACCGUGAUGAUUAUUUUUGAUACACAUGCUGACAGAGGCUUACUCUUUAAAAUAUUGUCGUUAUUAUGGACGGCUAUUAAUAGUCGUACGGAAUUUUAUUUUAAACCAAUUUCAAUUAUGUUUGUCACCAUUACCAUUAGUAAGCUACAUUACAUGAAUUAAAUAUGGAAAAUUAUUUUCCUUUCAGUCAGUGUUCAGUUUUUGAGUAGACUUGAUUUUUGGGUUUAUGUUCUAAGUCUAAGUAUGUACAAUAUAUAACUGAAAGCAAAACCGUAGACAAGUAAUGACUUUCUCAUUUUAAAAAAAAAAAAAAAAAAAUACAAGGCCGCCCUCCCGCCCCAACAAUUUUCAACAAUAGCCAAAUUUUAUUUUGCACCAUCCUCUAGCCAGCAAUGGGGUAAAAAAAAAAGAAA